UAGUGGAGCGACAUGAAGGAAGUCGUCUAUACAACUUACUCUAUGAGUUUGUUCUGUUUGCUCGCCAGUCGACAUGUGAUAUUAGACAGUACGUCGUGAAAACACCGGAAACAGGUCCAAUGCGCGUACAAGGCGUGUUCACGUGUGCAGUCGUCGCUCUCCACUUGUUCUUGUUCACGUCGUCUCUCGAGACCCGACGAGAAAAUAAUGUACUCGUGGUCAAAGAGAAAUGGUCCAAUGCUGACAAGAAGCAGAUCAUGCCGUGGAUAAACCUCUCAACGGUUAAUAAGGGUUACGAUGCGUGCGUGAGACUGCGUCUGCACAUAAAGCCCCUGUCAGCCAAUAAAACCCUACGGAUCGAGUUCUAUGAAUUAGGCGUAAGAAAUUUCUGUAAUCUUUUGAUUCAGAGAGGUCGUCAUGACAACGACACUAUUUCGUGGAAACUGAUGUUUGAGGACCAAAGUACAAAUGUUAAAAUCCGAAAACGCUCGUCCAUCAACAAACGUCUAUAUAUCCAGAGAGAACGUGUGUGGGAGUUGCAGUAUGACUGUUUUAUGGCUAGUGGAGGCAGUACAGUCCACGUGGCUGUGUAUGACUUAAACCAAACACUCAUUAAGGACUUGUACACUGUGGAACACCCACCAAAAGUCACUGUCACUUUCUUGCCACCAGAUUGUGGAGUGCCCUCAUAUAAAGUAACACCGGAUAUCCUUUCGAAGCACUUUAUCGUUGACGUGGAGGAGGGCAAAUUUGUGCACAUGAGGUUAUGCCGUGAAAUAUUCGCAAUUUGUACAAAUAUCACUUCCCAAAUGAUCAAUUCUACACUUAAUCACACAGUCACGUUAAAGCUUCCUUACUUGGUGCCCUGUUUAUGCGUGCAGGUGUAUUACCCUGGAGUCGAUACCAGAAGACCCACCGUCUGUCCACUAAAAGACAAAAUAUUGCCAGGAGGUGGAGAAGUGUUGUCCAGCAGCUCACUGAAGCUGUUUGGUAGCUCAGUUCUAAAGUGGGAGCACAAAUGCCCCUCAAUCCAGUUCAAACCUGAUGUCUCUCUCUGUUGGCAACAUAUUAGAAACCACUCGCAGUGUGUUUCUGUGCAAAACUCCAGCCUGCUCAUGAGCAACCUGAAAUACAACGUGUCUCAUGUAGACAAGCAUCCCCACAUGUGUCUGAAGUUUUUUCUAAACGGUAGCCAUCAUGUCUUCUGCCCCUUCAGCUCAGCUGAUUUAUCAGAAUGGGAUGUUACUGUAGUUCCUGGAUUUCAGCGUCUGUCCGUACGUCUGUCCUCCAAUAUCCCAGCGUCCUUUGCUGCCCAGCUCUGUGUGGAAGAAGGAGAAACUUGUGUCUUGAAAGAAAAUGUGCACACUGUUCAGAUGGAAGGAUUAAGAGACGUGGAGAUGACUGUGCCUCUUCCCUUUUUCACCCUAGGAAUGUGUGUACAGGUGUGGCGGACUGAGCCUGCUCUCCGUGGAAGGAGAAUCAUAUGUCCUGAUUAUACUCACAGGAGAUGGGGUCUUAUUGUUGCUGCACCACUGGGCCUCCUGGUUGCCAUAACAACAGUGGGCAUUGUCACCUACAACCUGAUCAAACAGCAGACAUCAGCAUGGCGCUCUGCCGAAAGAAAACCCGUUUUGCUGGUCUGCUCCUCGGACGAAUCUAGUCACAUUUCGGCUGUGUGCGCUUUAGCCUACGGCCUGCAGGAGGAGCUUCACAUGGAUGUGCGCCUAGCUCAGUGGGCCCAAUGCAGCACUCAGACCUCUCUGGCUCAACUAGGUCCCGCCCCCUGGCUCUACGGCCAAUGCCAGCAGGUACACAGUGUAGGUGGGAUGGUGCUCAUAGCCUGGAGCCCUAAAGCCCAGCAGACUUUCCUCCAAUGGAGAGAGAGAGCUAGUGGAGAAAAAGCGGACAAGGCGGGACAGAUGGACAAAGUGCUGCUAGAAGAACGGAGCGAUAAACAAGGACAAAAGUGCACAGAGAGCCAGUCUUCUAUCACAGGACCAGUGUUUAAUGCAAGCCUCAUAAGCAUGUGGGCGGGACUCCAGAGCGAGAGGCAUGGUCAAGGAUUUGGUCUUGUGUGUUUCCAAGGCUUAAGCAACACAAGGUGUAUUCCGAAGGAGCUCAGAGGCAUUCAGAGAUACUGCCUUCCUAGAGAUCUCUCCAACCUGAUACAUGAACUGGAUGUAAACGUACAUGGCCCAAGACACAGGGUCCAAAACUGGAGUAAAUGGUGCUGUUGGUCACGCCUCUUGACAAAAGGACUGUCUUUCUGGUUGUCGCAGAGGCUCGCUCAGAGACUGGACGCAUGGCUUCCUCAGACUCCAGCGAAGCCAGACAGGAAACAUCUUCCAAAAAAGUCCCAUAAAGAUGCCAGUGAAAAGGUCUUAAGGAAAAAGUUUAAAAAGAAACGAAAAGAAAAGAAAAAUAUUGAAAGUCAUCUUGACACACAGAAAGUGCUGCUGGGGUAAUUUAGCCACACUUUCUGAAUGGACAUGGUGAACUAGGGCAACAAAAAAAAAUCAGUUUUGCGUUGACUGACUGACAUCCUUAACUUCUUAACAUUACCAAAGUGUUUGUUUUUAUUACCUCAAAUGGUGCAAGUGUUUCCAACACAUCCAUCACAUCUUCAUCAGGCAUUUCUCCAGUUACAUUAACGUUAUAUAGAAUCUAUUAAAAAGUAUUGAAUGCUCACAUUACGCUAUGUUUUACUGUACAGUAUAGGUGAUACUUUGUUGUGUGUGUGUGUGUGUGUGAGAGAGAGAGAGAGAGAGAGAGAGAGAAAUAUUACUUGCUCCAUGAGCCAUUUGCUCCGGGUCAAAUACAUUGAUGACCUCCUAGUAGUAUCAGUUGAUUAUAUAUUGAACAAAAGAAAGUCUGUGGUCUUCGGUAAUGCUUUCAUUUGCAGUACCUCAGGACUGAACACCCUUGACCGAAAGAUUACUCAACAGCAUACAAUCCCUCACUUUUUGGGUGCAACAUAACAGAAUCAUUAUGCAUACAUCAUGAAUGACUUUUAUAUGCACUGGUAUAUAUAUAUUUUAGUAUUAUUUGUGAAUAGUCUCAGAAUCUGCAAAGAGACUGUAGUAGGCUAUUGAGUAUGGCCCUUAGUCCUGACCUGCUGUGUUAAGAUUAGAUAUCUAACGUAAUGAAAUAAUGAAUGUUAUGUAAUGUCUAAAAUCUGUUUUAUUUCGUUUUUGUGAACUUUUGCAGCUCUUAAUAAUAAAAUAUAUACAGCUAAUAAAUGCCAUUUUUAUUUUGUAUAUUUUU